AUGAUAAGAGCAAGUUGGCUUGUUCUAUUUAAAAAAGCUAAAUACCUUCUAUCAAUUUAUUCACUAUAUUUAUUGAUCGCUUUAUCACAAUCCUCUGUCGUUUUAUCACAGGAUUUUGACUUCCAACCUGAUAAAAUGCGUGCACUUCUCCUCACCUCAUUCGCUCUAUUCGGAGUUGCUUGGACGCAAACAACGAGUCGGCCAGUAGAUCCAUGCUCAAUGUGCGAGUUUGUCGUUAAUCAGGCCUACAGUCACUUCAACAAACGCGAGAGCAAAUGGCGUGUCGAAGAAGAGCUGCUCAAUGAUUGCAAUAGUUUGCAAAGAUUCUACGGUUUUCAAGCGGUGAGAGAUUGUCAGGGAUGGAUCAAAACAAACAUUGAUGUCAUCUACAACGACAUGGAAAAUAACAAAACACCCCAACAGAUUUGCACGGAUAUGGGAGAAUGUGGGGCCACUGUCAAGAGCACCGCAGUCACUGCUGCUGCUGCAAUCACCACAACCACCACAGUCCUGACAACUCCUACCACUACUACUCUCACAACCAUCCCAGUGGACCUAUGUGCCGUUUGUAUAGGAGUUAUUGAUAAAACCCGAAACAGUGGUGUUGAUGUUACUGAUGAGGCUGCUUUGCUAAUCGAGUUGCUCGGCGAUUGCCAAAGCCCUUGUACCACAGUAUGGUCAAACGGUGUCGACAAAUUGCGUCCAGGCCGUCAGCCAGUACAUCUUCCAAAUCACCACCGAUCUUGGCAACAACGCAUCUUCUCAACAAGUGUGCAAGGACAUGAAGCAAUGUUUAUAAAAUCAAAUCGAAUGAAUAAACUAUUUCGAAUUUAUUCGAAUGAA